AUGGCUCGAUGUCUAGCGCUGGCCGAGACGAAAGCACGCUGGGCUGACGCUGUAGACGAAGACGAAGAGAAGGAGGAAGACGAAGAUGACGACGAGGAAAAUGAUGACGACGAGGAAAAUGAUGAUGAUGAUGAUAAUGACGAAGAGGAGGAAGAGUACGAUAGCGCCGAAGUCGAAGACGACCAAGCGGCAGAUUCGCGCGAGUCCGACUCCCAGAGCGGUCCCACGGAGCACGCUCGUUCCCACGUGCGAGACAUGCUUUCGAGUUUCAUGUUGUAUUUUCCGCGCGACCUGGAGGAGUCGGUGAUCACGAUGACCAAUCUGGAGGCGUCCAGACGCCAACCGCCCAUCGCAGGAUGGCGCGAGAUGGGCUCCGCCGAGUUCCGCGCCUACCUCGGUCUGCUGCUCCUGUCCGGGGUGUACAGGUCGCGGGGCGAGGCCUGCGAGAGCCUGUGGGACGCGGAGAACGGUCGAUCGGUAUUCAGAGCCACUAUGUCGCUGAAGACCUUCAGGGCGUACAGUAGCGCGUUGCGCUUCGACGACCGCGAAACUAGACGAGAGCCGUCGACUUCGCCUCGUGACAAGCUGGCUCCCAUCAGACGCGUCUGGGACAUGUGGCGCCUACGCUUGCCGUUGCUGUACCUACCGGGACGCGACAUCACCGUGGACGAACGAUUGGUCCCGUUUAGAGGGAGAUGUCCCUUUAGGCAAUACAUGCCCAGCAAACCGGCCAAGUACGGGAUCAAGAUAUGGGUGGCGUGCGACGCGAGGUCCAGCUACGCGUGGAACAUGCAAGUCUACACGGGUAAGCCGAGCAAGCUGGCUCGACCCGAGCAGGACCUGGCCUCGCGCGUGGUAAUGGAUCUCACGAGGGGACUACCUCCCGCACGCAACGUCACCUGCGACAACUUCUUCACCUCGCAGGCUCUCGGCGCCCUACUGUGGAACGACGGCCAUCACACGCUGCUAGGCACCAUCAGAAAAAACAGACGCGAGAUCCCAGAUGAGUUGCGUUGCGUCAAGGGUCGCUCCGUGGGAUCCGUGGUCGCGAGUUGCACGCGGCGGACCGCCACAGCAGCCGCCGCCGGAGCACCCGAUACUAAGCUGAUUUCCUACGUGCCGAAGAAAAAUAAAAACGGCGGCGUGGAUAACCUGGACAAGGUGGUGGCCACCUACAGCUGCAGGCGAAAGACCUGCAGGUGGCCCGUGGCUCUCUUUCACAACAUGGUGGACGUGGCCGGGUACAACGCCUUCGUGUUGUGGAGGGAGCUGCGACCCGAAUGGCUGAAGGGCAAGCGAAACAGAAGACGCUUGUUUCUCGAGAGCGUAGGACACGCCUUGGUCGCGCCGCUAAAAGAAGCCAGGUCGCGGUCUUCGUCCUCCUCCUCCGCCGCCGCCGCUCGAACCUUCGUCCCGGAGAGCCAGGAUCGCGGCGGCGGAGGACAGGAGGCGCCCAGGAGGAGGUGUAGUCUCUGCCCCAGACUCAAGGACGUGAAAACCAAGAUCGUGUGUCACGGCUGCGGGCGCUACGUGUGCUGCAGAUGCGCGCUCACCUACUGUCCCGGCUGCGCGGGGAUCACCAGCCCCCCGCGCGCGUGA